UGGGCACAGAGCUGUUGGAUUGUUACCGAGGUGGCUGUGACGGCAAACAACAAGCAAGUGAUUAAUCUCUACCAUUUUGUCCGCUUGAUCUUUUUUCAGGUUUGUAGACUAAAUAGUCCGUCGACAACGGCGGAAAGAGAUAACGGGGCUGUUCUGUUUUUGGGGCAGUCGUUAUCAAGACACGUGUUUGCGGCUGGCGAGUCAUGAAGAUGAAGAAGCGACCAAACAUUCUGUUAACAGGAACACCUGGCGUUGGAAAGACCACUUUAGGAAAGGAACUGGCCCAGCGGACUGGGCUGCACUAUGUUAACAUAGGAGACCUUGCCCAGGAAGGACAACUGUAUGACGGCUAUGACGAAGAGUACCAGUGCCCAAUUUUGGAUGAGGACAGGGUGGUGGACGAGCUGGAUGAAAAGAUGAUAGAAGGCGGUGUGAUUGUAGACUAUCAUGGCUGUGACCUGUUUCCUGAACGCUGGUUUCACAUCGUCUUUGUCCUCCGCACAGAUAACACUCAGCUGUUCACGCGGCUAGAGAGCAGGGGUUACACAGGGAAGAAGCUUCAGGACAACGUGCAGUGUGAGAUCUUCCAGACCAUCUAUGAGGAAGCCAUGGAUGCCUACAGCAAGGAGAUUGUCCACCAGCUGUCCAGCAACACUCCUGAAGACCUGGAGUGCAACCUGGAGCAGAUAGUACAGUGGACUGAGCAAUGGAUGAAGGACCAUAACUAGAAGCUGAACUCUGCCUGCAGGGUUCCAGUGGCAGGACUGUCAACAAAUGUUAUUUGCAGAAUUCAACAAGAAUUGUAGUUAUUUUCCAGUCUGCAUUUAUUUUUCAUAAAUUUUGCCAUCCUGAAGAACAGUGAUACAUUCAAAGUAGAAUCGCUCUCUUCAGAUUCUGGGCCUUUAUCCAGGACUUUAUGACACUGGCUGUGACACUGGCUGUCUUAUUGCCUACUGUAUGAAUAUACUCAUGCACUGUUGCAUUUGUGUCAUUUUUAUAUAUAAAUUACCACUGGGGAAACAGCAUUGUCACGGUGUCCUAUUGGCAAUCACACGGUAGAUGGGGCUAAAACCUUUGAGUAUUGACAGCUGUCAAGUACCAGUAAUGAUUAAGAACUUUAUUUAUGCAGCACUUGUCUCAAGGUUAUAAAGUACCUCAUAACUUAAAAACAGAAAAAUAUAUUUGUAAUAAAAUACACAAUAAAAAUGAGGCACUAAGUUCGUCCCAGAGUCUAAGAAAAAGAUAAAUGCUAAAAGUAAAAUUUUGGACUUAAGUGAAAGAUCGUUGUAAAAGUCCUUACUCACAAACUUAAGAAUAAAAACCAUUUAUCAUAGCUCUUUUGACUUCAACAUCUUUGCUGUC